UAAAGGUUUACAAUGCCUCACAAUUAUUUACUCUUUCAAUGGAAUUUGUCAACAGACUGGAGUCCUUGGUGGGAUUAUGACAGCCCAAAAGAUGGGUGCAUUGGAGUAGCUGUGCCUGAGAUCUGCAUGUUCAGGCUGUCCACUGGAGAUGAUUGAAUGGUGAUUUACAUGGCACUCAGAAACACCACUGUUCAUGUCCAGAGGGCAGAGUAAUCCUCCAGUAUCUCAUCACUAACUUGCUGAAGGGCAGCAAGGCUAUGUUCCUCGGACCCUGGCCUUUUUCUCGCCUUCUGUCCUGGUUUGCCAUUUCCAGCAGACUGUCAGGACAGCAUGGCCUCACUUCCUCCAAGUUCCUGAGAUACUUGUGCCUCCUGGCCCUAUUACCUCUCAUAUGGUGGGGGCAAGCACUCCCCUACAAGAUAGGGGUCAUAGGUCCCUGGACAUGUGAUCCGUUCUUUUCCAAGGCCCUGCCUGAGGUUGCUGCCGCUUUAGCAAUUGAACGAAUCAGCCGGGACAUGUCAUUUGACAGAAGUUACUCCUUCGAAUAUGUGAUUCUUAACGAAGAUUGCCAGACUUCAAAGGCCCUCACCAGUUUUAUUUCCCACCAGCAGAUGGCCUCAGGAUUUGUUGGGCCUGCCAACCCUGGCUACUGUGAGGCAGCCUCACUCCUGGGAAACAGCUGGGACAAAGGGAUUUUCUCUUGGGCUUGUGUGAAUCAUGAAUUAGAUAACAAACAUAGCUACCCGACUUUUUCUCGGACACUUCCUUCUCCUAUCCGGGUGCUUGUAACCGUCAUGAAGUAUUUCCAGUGGGCUCAUGCUGGGGUCAUUUCCUCAGAUGAAGACAUUUGGGUGCAUACAGCCAAUCAAGUCUCAAGUGCUCUUCGGAGCCACGGCCUACCUGUAGGGGUCGUCCUGACCUCGGGACAAGACAGCCGUAGCAUUCAGAAAGCUCUGCAGCAGAUUCGCCAGGCAGACAGAAUUCGCAUAAUCAUCAUGUGUAUGCAUUCAGCCUUGAUUGGGGGAGAGACUCAGACACACUUCUUGGAAUUGGCUCAUGAUCUGAAAAUGACGGAUGGGACUUACGUCUUUGUCCCCUAUGAUGUACUGCUCUACAGUUUACCUUAUAAGCACAGCCCCUACCAGGUCCUGAGGAACAAUCAAAAGCUCCGGGAAGCCUAUGAUGCUGUGUUGACUAUUACAGUGGAGUCCCAUGAAAAGACCUUCUAUGAAGCCUUUACAGAAGCAGCAGCCGGUGGAGAGAUUCCUGAGAAGCUUGACUCACACCAAGUUUCACCGUUGUUUGGAACCAUCUACAAUUCAAUUUACUUUAUCGCACAAGCCAUGAGUAAUGCUCUGAAAGAAAAUGGACAGGCUAGCGCUGCCAGCCUGACUCGGCAUUCCAGAAACAUGCAGUUCUAUGGAUUCAACCAGUUGAUAAGGACAGACUCAAAUGGAAAUGGAAUUUCUGAAUACGUAAUCCUGGACACCAAUGGGAAAGAAUGGGAACUCCGUGGCACCUACACUGUGGACAUGGAAACUGAACUGCUAAGGUUCAGAGGGACCCCCAUUCAUUUCCCAGGUGGCAGGCCUACUAGCGCAGAUGCAAAAUGCUGGUUUGCACAAGGGAAGAUCUGCCAAGGAGGUAUUGACCCUGCCUUAGCCAUGAUGGUCUGCUUUGCUUUGCUUCUAGCCUUGCUGUCUAUCAAUGGAUUUGCUUACUUUAUCAGGCGACGUAUAAAUAAAAUCCAGUUGAUUAAAGGACCCAACAGAAUCCUGCUGACUUUGGAAGAUGUGACAUUUAUUAACCCCCACUUUGGCAGUAAGAGAGGAAGCCGUGCCAGUGUAAGCUUCCAGAUUAUCUCAGAAGUUCAAAGUGGGAGGUCUCCAAGGCUGUCAUUUUCUUCAGGUAGUUUAACUCCAGCUACUUAUGAGAACUCCAACAUAGCAAUCUACCAGGGUGACUGGGUAUGGCUGAAAAAGUUCCCUCCUGGAGAUUUUGGGGACAUUAAGUCUAUCAAAUCAAGUGCAAGUGAUGUGUUUGAAAUGAUGAAGGACCUGCGGCAUGAAAAUGUCAACCCUUUAUUGGGCUUCUUCUAUGAUUCGGGGAUGUUUGCCAUCGUGUCAGAAUUUUGUUCUCGAAGGAGCCUAGAAGACAUACUUACACAAGACGAUGUGAAACUUGAUUGGAUGUUCAAAUCAUCACUGCUGCUUGACCUCAUCAAGGGAAUGAAAUACUUACACCACAGAGAAUUUAUUCAUGGGAGGCUAAAGUCUCGGAACUGUGUGGUAGACGGACGUUUUGUACUAAAAGUGACAGAUUAUGGCUUUAAUAACAUUUUAGAAAUGCUGAGACUCUCUGAAGAGGAACCUUCUGAAGAAGAGCUGCUGUGGACGGCCCCUGAACUGUUAAGAGCCCCUGGGGGUAUCAGGUUAGGUUCAUUUGCAGGAGACGUCUAUAGCUUUGCCAUCAUCAUGCAAGAAGUGAUGGUCCGGGGUGCUCCUUUCUGCAUGAUGGAUCUGUCUGCCAAAGAAGUCAUAGACAGACUUAAAAUGCCUCCCCCUGUGUAUAGACCAGUGGUUUCUCCUGAGUUUGCCCCUCCAGAGUGUCUCCAGCUGAUGAAGCAAUGCUGGGCCGAGGCUGCAGAACAGCGACCAACUUUUGAUGAAAUAUUUAACCAGUUUAAAACUUUCAACAAAGGGAAAAAAACUAAUAUUAUUGAUUCUAUGCUCCGGAUGUUGGAGCAGUAUUCUAGCAACUUGGAAGAUUUGAUCCGGGAACGGACUGAAGAACUGGAAAUUGAAAAACAGAAAACGGAAAAGCUUCUAACACAGAUGCUACCACCAUCAGUUGCUGAAUCCCUCAAAAAGGGCUGUACAGUGGAACCUGAGGGAUUUGACUUGGUCACCUUGUACUUCAGUGACAUUGUGGGCUUCACCACCAUCUCAGCCAUGAGUGAGCCCAUUGAAGUGGUGGACCUUCUGAAUGACCUGUACACACUCUUUGAUGCCAUCAUUGGCAGUCAUGAUGUCUAUAAGGUAGAGACCAUUGGAGAUGCCUAUAUGGUGGCCUCAGGCCUCCCAAAGAGGAACGGCAGUAGGCAUGCAGCUGAGAUUGCAAACAUGUCCCUGGAUAUUCUGAGCUCUGUGGGUACCUUUAAGAUGCGACACAUGCCAGAGGUGCCAGUCCGGAUUCGAAUAGGUCUGCACACAGGGCCUGUUGUUGCUGGAGUGGUGGGCCUUACCAUGCCUAGAUAUUGCUUGUUUGGUGAUACUGUGAAUACAGCUUCUCGAAUGGAAUCAACGGGGCUACCAUACCGAAUUCAUGUCAGUCUCAGCACAGUAACAAUUCUUCGGACUCUGAGUGAAGGCUAUGAAGUAGAGCUUCGUGGAAGAACAGAGCUCAAGGGUAAAGGCACAGAGGAGACCUUCUGGCUUGUUGGAAAAAAGGGUUUCACCAAACCUCUUCCUGUACCCCCACCAGUGGGCAAAGAUGGGCAAGUGGGUCAUGGCUUGCAACCAGCGGAGAUUGCAGCAUUCCAAAGAAGAAAAGCAGAAAGGCAGUUGGUGCGAAACAAGCCAUAAGAUGGAAAGAACUCCAGCAUUUGAAUCUCCUCUUGACAAAGCAACGCUGAAGCUCAUUACAGAUCAAGAUAUUCUUCUUCUUGAGCAAGAUAUUAGUGAAUGAUUGUUCUUCUGAGGUUGCCUAAUGUCCAGGGAUGGGUCAAGCCUAGUGU